AUGUUGUUUUCUGUUCCUUGUGUUCUCUUUCUCUCUGCCUCUGCCUAUGCCGCAAACAUCAAACGUCAAGAUGCCACGGGUGCAGCCACUGACACCGUCGUCGCGACAGACACUUCUGUCGCUGGCGGCACUGAUACCGCCGUCGCUGGCACCGAUACCGUUCUAGCGACCGACACCCUGGCGGGUACAGGCACGGUCGCCACCGUUGCCUCAGAACUCACCUCUGCUGCAGCCUCACUGGCCUCUGGUGGAACAGCCGAUGUUUCUGGUCUGAUUUCGGCGGCAACAGCAUACACGUCUGACCUGACCGGACUAUCAUCCGCCGCUGCCAGUGCUCUCUCUGGAGCUGGAAUCAGCAACACUGCGUCGGCGCUGUCCGCAGCCUCGUCCGUUUUGAGCCAGGCUACGGGUUCAGCAUCAUCACACGCUGGCAGCUCCAGUUCAGCUCGGUCAAGCUCUGCUGCUGCUUCCGGUUCUUCUGCUGCCGCGUCAGCUUCAUCGUCCGCAUUCAAUGCGGCUAUUGCUGGCCAUUCUGUGUCAUCCUCGGUGCUCGUGGGCCUGACAACAGUCACAGCAGGUCUCCUCACGGGUGCUUGGGCUACAUUCUUGUAG